GGACUUUACAUUCUUGUCAUCUAGUUUCGUUUGAUUUGAUGUUGUUGUGAUUGAGCGUUUAUUAUUAUCAGUUAUUAGUUGAAUUACAAAGAAAAAUAUUGCAAUUGUAUUAAAAUGGAAUCCAGCAAAUCUGAAUCUACACAAAAGCCAACUAUGGUUUAUAUUUGCGGAGAAUGUCAUCAUGAUAAUGAGAUACGUUCCAAAGAUCCAAUUCGAUGCAGGGAAUGUGGAUAUCGAAUUAUGUACAAGAAGCGCACUAAAAGACUCGUUGUGUUUGAUGCACGAUAAGCAAAUAAGCAACAAAUAAUGAAUAUACAAUAUGACGUUAACAUGAAUUUAUAAAUAGUAAUGUAAAAUAUUUAUUGUAUAUAAGGGAUUACUUAAUUUUUAAUGAAUACUACAGAAUCUUUAUCGGAAAUUAACUUUUUAUUCCUGUCUCACAUUGCCUCUGUUCUUAGAAUUGUACUUUCGUUCUUGCAAAGUCACUAUACAAUCAAAAUCAUUUAUAUUAUGAACUUUUUCUCCGUACAAUUUGCGUUACAAUCUCUGGACCAAUAGAUAGUCAUACCAUUUACUCGAUAAAGUCUAUGUAUGUUUAUAUAUCAAUUCAGAAUGCAUAAUAUAUAAAAUGCUCUUUCAGCAAUAUUCUUUCUUUUAUUUACAAUAAAUAAAAAUCAUAUUCUCAUCAAUAGUUUAACAGAAUUAACAGAAUCAAGAAAAAAAAAAUAACGAUGACACUGAUAAAACUCGUUGGCUCAUAAAAUCCGUUCGCUACCUUUCUCAAGUAUACGCUUAUAAAAUUGUUAUUCCGGUCCCAUUAUCUGAUAUCGAUGGGUAAAGGAAACCCAUCCAAUGCAGUUGGAUUCAAUUAAAAGUUUUCAUGAAAAAGUUGCUCAAACGAGAGAUUAUUUGUUGAAGCAGCCGCAGCUCACAAAAGCACACGACAUACAUAUUUAUGCAAGCAUAAAGAUGAAUUAAUUACUUUCUUAUCACGUCCUUCUUUCUCUUUCGCUCUCUCUCUCUCUCUCUCAUUCUUUUUUCUUGCGCGCGCAGAAAAACACAUUUAUAAAAUCUUAAAGAUCUAUAAUACAUAUAAAAUACUAUAUUGCCAGAUAUUUGUGUCAUCGUUUAUACAAUGCGUAUAUAUAAAAUUUAAAUCAUUUAAAUCACCACAGAAUAAUGGAAAUGGAAGAGGGGGCCAGAGGCGAGCAGUUUCUUCAGAAACACAUAAAAUCGAGUGUCGAUUCGUCUGCAUAAAAAACAUAAACCGGUAUAAAACCAUCUAGAAGCCGUACAAAGCUUUUCUUCUUUUCUUUCUUUUUUUCCUUAUUAUUCUCAAAAUCUAAUACUGAGUCUGAAAGUAGCCAAGCCAACCUUUUUCGUGUAAAUCGUAGAUGCGAGCGUUUAUACACGUUUUUAAUAAUAAAUAUGUCUCCGUUUUUUGUCAGAUAUACUCUUGUACUUACUUUAGGAUAUUAGUUUACAAUAUGGUUCUUUUAGUACUUAUCGCAAAUACAUAUUCUAUUUAAUCGAAUUCGAAUAUCAUAAAAGUUAUAUGUUGUAAACAUUUAUACAAAUUACUCAGACUGUAUAAUAUAUGUAUAUGCAAAGGAAGAUAUUGAAAUACAAUUAAAACACAUCAACCA